AUGUCACUUCUCUCGGCGCAUUUUGAGCAGAUUGCUAUCUCAUGUCAAGGAAUUGACAGUCUUCCCUUCCCACCACCCAAGAUAUUCACCAAUGCCCUUCUAGCCAACCAUGACAUCACAUCCCUAAUUCGCGACACCGAAGCGCACGAACGAGCACUCUUCUCUGUCCCGCCCCCGCCUCCACCACCCACAUCUCAGAACCCAGAUCCUCCGAAACAGUCCGGGCGUCGGCAGACCGUUUUCAAUGUAGCAUCCGGCGAGGUCACGACAUCUGGUAGCAACACGGGUCGAAAUGUAGGUGCCCCGCGACGCCACACGGCUGUGGCAGCCGUUUUAGGCGGCGACCUACAUGAGCAGAUUCGCCGGAGCGAGAGACGUAGUGGAAGGGAUGACGUCGAUGUCGAGGUUCUACUCAAGGGAGCGGAGAAGUUAUGCGGCGUUUACCCUUUACCAGGUGCUCUGGAGCGGAUAGCAGCGCAACGAUCAAAGUACGCGCAUAGUCGUAGCACGCUGGCAUACUAUGAAGCGAAAGUAGCUGAACAGGCCGAGGCUAUAGGAAGAAUGAAUAAGGAUCAUUGGAUGGACGAAGAGGAAGAGGAAGACGAUGGGGAGGCCGCCGCGAUGGAGAAAGAAGAGUUCUUAACUGAGGAGGACCUGAAAAGAGAAGAGGAGCAAAUACGGGAAUUAGAGCGAAAAAAGAGAGAAUUGCAGGGAAGGUUGAAGACGAUAGAGGAAGACCUCGGCGGAUUACUGAACCUGUAA